AUGUCUCUUUCCAACAAGCUCUCGAUCAAGGACAUUGACGUCAAGGACAAGCGCGUUCUGGUCCGCGUAGACUUCAACGUGCCCCAGGACAAGGCCACCCUGAAGAUCACCAACAACGCGCGCAUCGCCGCUGCCCUGCCGACCAUCAACUACCUGCUGGAGCAGGGGGCCGCCGGAGUCGUGCUGAUGAGCCACCUGGGCCGCCCGAACGGCCAGGCCGUGGCCAAGUACUCGCUGAAGCCGGUGGCCGCCGAGCUGGAGAAGCUGCUGGCGCGCCCGGUGACCUUCCUGUCCGACUGCGUCGGCGCCGAGGUCGAGCAGGCGUGCGCCCACCUGACCGGCGGCCAGGUAGUGCUGCUGGAGAACCUGCGCUUCCACAUCGAGGAGGAGGGCUCGGCCAAGGACGCCGAGGGCAACAAGACCAAGGCCGACCCGGCGGCCCUGCCCGUGCGUGCCGCCGGCUUCCUGAUGCAGAAGGAGCUCGAGUACUUUGGCAAGGUCACCGAGAACCCGGCGCGCCCGUACCUGGCGAUUCUGGGCGGCGCCAAGGUCAGCGACAAGAUCCUUCUGAUCGAGUCCCUGCUGGACAAGGUCGACAUGAUGAUUGUGACCGGCGGUAUGGCCUACACCUUCCACAAGGUGCUGUCGAACAUGAAGAUUGGCGGCUCGCUGUACGACGCCAAGGGCGCCGAGAUUGUCCAGCGCCUGAUCGAGAAGGCCAAGAAGAACAACGUCGAGUUUGUUCUGCCCACCGACUUCACCACCGCCGACGACUUCUCGCCCAACGCCAACACCGGCUACGCGACCGUCGAGGGCGGUAUCGAGGACGGCUGGCAGGGUCUGGAUGUCGGCGAGAAGUCGGUCGACGAGUUUGCUGACCUGAUCUCCCGCGCCAAGACCAUUGUCUGGAACGGCCCGUGCGGCGUCUUCGAGUUCGACAAGUUUGCUGUCGGCACCAACAAGACCAUGGACGCCAUCAUCAAGGCCCAUGACAACAACGGCGCUGUCACCAUCAUUGGCGGCGGCGACUCGGCCACGGCUGCUGCCAACCGCGGCGUCACCGACAAGUUCUCGCACGUCUCCACUGGCGGCGGUGCCUCGCUCGAGCUCCUGGAGGGCAAGGCCCUGCCGGGUGUUGUCGCUCUCUCGACCCAGUAA